ACAGAGCCGCCAGGGCAGCUGGGGCUGGGCCUGGGACUUGGCAGGGCCUGGUGGACCCUUCACACACUUGACAGGCUCCCUCACUCAGCACUUUCGCAAGAGAGCAACCGGUUCCCUUAUUUUCCUCGAUGCCUCUCCUGCAGGGCCAGAGCCAGAACACACCAGAACACACCAUGUGCCAGCCCCUCCCGGGAGCCCCCUCCCCCCAGUGUCCCAGGGCCUCUGAAUGAGCUGGUCUCGGCCCCUUCCCAUUCCCCUCUGACAGUCCUGGGUGCAAGCCCCACUUCUGCCAAUCUCUUCCACCGCCACCUUGAGAACAUUCCACCAGAGGCUCAGGUGAGCCGGGCAGCGAGUGCAAAACCCAGGCCCUCCUACUUAAUUCCGGCUUUCCCAGCUGGAACGUGGAUCAUAGGAGCUCACUGCAGGGAGGGGAAACUGGAAGCCACCUAGUCCAGUCUUCUUGUGGUGCAGAUGGAGAAACUGAGGCCCACAUCAGGGCAGGGUCCCUUAGUCAGCCAAGAAGAGGGGCAUAAGGGUCAUAGACCUGACAUCUGGGGGCCUUUGCCAUCCCCUGGCUCAUAGAUGAGAAAACUGAGGCUCAGAGAGGAGUAAGGACUUGCCGCGCAUGGAGUUGGUGACAUUUGGGCUAGAAUCUCCUGAACCAAAAGCUCAAGUUCUCUGGAGGUCUCUCCCCAUGAGACAGACGGCCCUCAGCGCCUUUUUCCAGGAGACCAACAUCCCCUACAGCCACCACCACCACCAGAUGAUGUGCACUCCUGCCAACACCCCUGCCACGCCCCCCAACUUCCCUGACGCCCUCACCAUGUUCUCCCGUCUCAAGGCCUCUGAGAGCUUCCACGGUGGCGGCAGCGGCAGCCCGAUGGCCGCCACGGCCACAUCGCCCCCACCGCACUUCCCCCACGCCGCCACCGGCAGCUUCGCGGCACCCAGCUGGCCGACUGCGGCCUCGCCCCCAGGGGGGCCACAGCACCACCCGCCGCAGCAGCCGCCCCUGUGGACUCCAGCACCCCCUUCCCCGGUGUCAGACUGGCCGCCCCUGCCACCCCAACAGGCCACCUCAGAACCCAGGGCCCACCCCGCCAUGGAGGCCGAGAGAUAAGGGAGGCCCCUCCCCCCUCCCGGAGGCCAGGGCCCCGUGGGGCGGGGGAGAGGAUGUCUCCGCAGGCCCCCUUCACCCUCCUCUGUCUGACCCCCGUUCCCCGGAGCCCUGGAGGGGAGAGACGGGACCCUCAUGCCAGCACACAGGCUGCCCGCGCACAUACACGGAAGCGCAGGCACGUGGCACCCAGCUUGCAUGGAUUUGGUUGAGUCGUCUGGGUGCUGGUGGACAGAACUUCAGAGGCCAAGCAGCCUUCCCCAGAGAACUCACCUGCCCCACCCCACCCAGGGGGCUGCGGAGAAGCGCCACCGCUGCGGAGACUCGGCUGGCUCCUGCCUUGGAGCUCCUUGGGGGCCGGCAGGCCUAGAUCCCCACCCUCGGGAAUGCAGAGUCUUCGCAUGUGUGCGUGUAGCUGUGUCUGUGUAUUUAUAUGUAUGUCGCACUUCAAGAAGCAACCUAGUUUACGGGGCAGCUGGACUUUGCAUGUUAGAGUGAGCCCCCAGCCCCUUGCCCGCCACCCCUCUCCCCAGGGCCCUGCCCUCUCCUCAACCCCCUGGCCGGCCAGCCUUGCUGUUCCCUGCAGAGAAGAGGAUUGUGGGAAACUCCAGGACUCUUCCCACCCAUCCCCCAGCGCCUGCCUGCUGGGGCUGCCUGCAUGCCUCCCUCAGAGCCCGGGGGUACCCCAUACCCAUUUCCUUUCCCCUUUUAACAAAGGAGAAGAAAGUUCCAAACCACCACCAGACUCUGUGGUCUUGCCUUGUAUCCUAAGCUUUGCUGCCAGCUGGCUCUGUGUGGAAGGGGAGGGCACAGACAGAGCCCAGAACAGAGGGCCACCCCCCAGUCUUGCCCGGCUCCUCAGUGCUCCUGUCUGUCGCUGUCUUUUCAACCACAACGUGCUCUGGAAUCUUCCUGCCCACCCGAGGCUUUUCCCAUGAAGCUAGUUUCUGGCCUGUGUUCCCAGAAUCGCAGCCUCCAUCUGCCCACCCUUCCCCCUGCCUGGCUGGAUGGAUCCGAUCUCUGGGGCUAACAACUGCCUUCCGGCCUGCCUGGGCUUCACAUAAGGACCUUUCUUCCUGUCUCAGGGCCCCAGUGGCUGACAGCGGGCUGGACCCUCCCAGCCCAACCUCCAGCAAAUUGGCCGCGUGGGGCAGGUCCCUCCCCUGGGGAGGUGCAGGCACAGUGCCUGUAGUCAGUUAGCAGGCUUGGGUGCAGAGCCAGCGGGGGCUAGCGACAGGGACAGGAGGAGGCCAGGGCAGAGUCCAACCUGCAGCUUAAGCCCUUGGUCGCUAAGGAAACCAGCCGCCCAGGGGCAAUAGACAGUGGAUCCCAGGCUCUCCCAAGCAAGGUUGAAGUAAGCACCUGCUCUAGCCCAAAGGAGGAAGCCAGGAAUGCCCCCUCUGCCCCUGGGCUGCCCACGCUGGGGGAGGGGUCCCUGGGGCAGCUCUGGGAGAAGGCAGCCUCAGCCCUGCAGCCCUUGUGAGGGGCCUAGGCUCGGGGCAGGAGGAGGCCAGAGCCUCUGCAGAAACCCUUGGGCUCAGCCUGCAGUGCCUCACAGGCAGACCUCACUCCCCAAUCUGGGGUCACACCCACCCAGCGCCCAGCCUUCCUUGGUUGGCACCUUAGCCCUCUGCGGGUGCUGCCUGAAUUAGAGAGCUGCUUCUAUUUCGGAAGGUCUCUGGCUUGAUUGGCGUCUCAGCACUCACUGUCAACAGUCCUGCUCUUGCUCCCAGGGGUGGGCCGUGCUUUCUGACAAGGAUGCCCCGUGUCACCGUGCCCUACCCAGCUUCAUUUCCCUGUUGGAACCUGGACAGGAUCUGUUGACAAGGCCCUCCUGCAACAACUCUUUACUUUGUGGUUGUCACUGAAGAAUGACUGCUAGGACCCCGUUUGAGCUGUUGUUUAUGUCCCAGACACAUGUCCUCACCUUGAAACCCACGCUUCUGACGGCCUCUUGGAGUCCAGAGGGGGCGAGCCUCCACCUGGGGCCCGUGUCAGGUGGGGAGGGAGGGAGGGAGGGGCAGGCAAAGAGUGAGGAUAUCUCGGGCCUCCUGAAUCUUCACUACAGCUUCUCCAUUCUUGUGGAUGGAAGAAAAUGCUCGGGAAACCCACACCUCCCUUCAAGUGGUAGGAAAAAGGCUUUGCAGAGGCGUGUUCCUCGGUUAUCUGCCGUGUGGUGGGGAGUAUGUCUGAGCUCUCCCAGUGGGCAGAUUACUGAGGUGGCCAUACAUGUCAGAGACACCAUCUAGAAUUUGCACUCCUGGAGGCAACGGGAAGGUCGAGCCUGGGCAAGCCCCUGGAUGGCAUGUAAAUGCACCAUACCCUCUUUACUCAAAGUGUGAUCCCCAGACCAGCAGCGUUACGGGGAGCUUGUUAGAGACUCAGGACCGCAGGCCCCAGUUUGAGAAGUGUCUGUAUACUACACUUUUCCUAUGUGCUCACCUGUUGGAAGUGAGGCCCAUUUCUUUUCUGGGGCCACGGUGGGCUGGGCCUGGGGGUCUCAGGAGGUCAUAUUAGGCUGGAAAGGACUUAAGGUUCCUAUAGAUCCAGGUUUUCCAAGCUGGGCACCAUGGACAUUUGGGGCUGGAUCGUUCUCUGCCGUGGGGGCGUCCUGUGCACUGUGGGAUGUUGACCAAUAUCCCUGGCCCCUACCCACUAGAUGCCAGGAGCACCUCCAGUUGUGACACCAAAAACAUCUGUAGACGUGACAAAACGUCCGUGCUCUAGACUCCUGAUUGCCACACCUGUCUGCAUAGCAGAGCCUCCUGGGAGCUCUGUAAAAAGACAAGCAGACCACAGACUCCUGGGCCCCAGGGCAUGGAAUCUCUGGGGAGAAGCCCUGAAGGCAUGAUUUUAAAUGUUCCCCAGGGUAUUGGUGAUCGACUUGUGAAUAAACAAAAACUUAAUCAAUUGUA